AGAAAAAAAAAAAAAAAGAAAAAUCGAAGAAAAAUGAAUCAGUGUGUACCGAGCUGGGAUUUCGACGACAACAACUUUGUUCCGCCUAGGGUUAAUUUUCAUGCUAACGAGCAUUCGAAUUCAACCAAUCACGUUCCCUCGUUGGACUAUGAAGUGGCGGAGCUAACCUGGGAAAAUGGGCAGCUAGCCAUGCACGGAUUGGGCCAGCCGCGCGUGGUUAACAAACCUACCCCCUCUCCAUCACCCACUAAAUACGCCACGUGGGAUAAGCCACGCGCCGGCGGAACACUUGAGUCCAUCGUCAACCAAGCCACCGGCCAUGCCCAGCUGCCCAAAUCCGCUGCGGAGGGCGGCGACGUUUGUGACAACGAUCUGGUACCUUGGAUCGACCACCACCGCGCUGUGGCCAACCACGCCGGCGCCGCCCGCACAGACGCCGACGCCUCCGUCACCAUGACGAUGGACGCGCUCGUGCCGUGCAACAACGGGAAUUUGCGCCGGAGCACUCAUGAGAAUCAAGAACGCCACUCCAUGCGGUUGCCGCUGGGACCCGCCGUCGCCGGAAAUGGCGGCGGCACAUGCAUGGUGGGAUCGUGCAGCGGCGCUGGCAUCCCACGCGCGGGAAUCAAAAGGAGGAGCUGCAGAAACGACGAUGAUCGGAGCGUGAGCGUGAGCGGCAGCGCAACGUGCUGGGGCAGCGACGGCAGCCGCCAGCUGACGGUGGAUACCUGGGAGAGAGAAUUCGGCGGUGGGUUCACGUCCGCCACUUCACUGGCGUCGCCGGAGUACACGAGGACCUCCGAUGACCGUGACGACUCCGUUUGUCACAGCAUAUCGCAUCAGACGUGUCAUGAAAGGAAGUUGGAAGAAGAAACGGGCAAAAGAAAAGGAAACAGAGAAUCAUCAGUUUCAACUAAAAGAAAUAGGGCUGCCGCAAUUCAUAACCAGUCCGAACGUAAAAGAAGAGACAAGAUUAAUCAAAGGAUGAAGACAUUGCAGAAGUUGGUCCCAAAUUCCAGCAAGAGUGAUAAAGCGUCAAUGCUGGAUGAAGUAAUAGAGCACUUAAAACAGCUGCAAGGUCAACUGAGUAUAAUGAGCAGGAUGAACAUGACGUCACCAAUGAUGCUGCCAUUAGCAAUGCAGCAUCAGCAGCAGCAGCUUCAUCAGUUGUCUAUGAUGGGUAUGGGGAUGGGCAUGGGUAUGGGGAUGGGUGUCAAUGUCAUGGAUAUCAACGCCAUCACCCUAGCGGCGGCGGCCGCUGCCGCCGCCGGAAUGCCGCCUGUCAUUCAUCCCUCUGCCGCAUUCAACAAGCCCUGGGAUAGUCGUAACCCCGGCGACUGUUUGCCGCCGGCGGACCCUUUAUCGGCAUUUCUUGCGUGCCAAUCCCAACCAAUGACGAUGGACGCGUACAGCCGGAUGGCGGCUUUGUAUCAGCAGUAUCAAUUACAGCCACCUGGUUCCGGAUCCGGUUCUGGUUCUGGUUCUGGUUCGCGGUAAAAUAAAUAUUUUUAUACAUGAGUAAAAUUAAUUGGUUUAUGUUUUGUAAUUUUUUUUAAUUUUUAUUUUCGAUUUUGGAUAUGUUUUAAUUUCAAGUAAUUAAUUGGAGAAUUAACCAAGCUUGAGCUGCUUUGUAAAUUGUAAAAUAUGAAAGAGAGCUUUUCAUUAUAUAUA